UCUUAAGCAAAUAAGCUGGCAACAUGGAAAAACAGCUGUUCGUCUAUACUGGUGUUACGAAAACAUACAAGAACGUUUUUUCUUUUAAAUUAUAAAAUUUUCCGAAAUUUUCUUAAUUUCUGAAAUGAAUAAGAUCUGCAGAAGUUUUAUUUCGGUGCUAAGUCACUCGAACUUGGAAAAAACCUAUACAUCAGCUGCCGUACUAGGAAGAAACUUGUCAUUCAAAAGUGAUUUAUCGUUGGACAAGAUUUACCCCAAUAGUCGGCUACAACUCUACACACCUCCACCGCCUGCCAACAAAGAUGAUAAAUUUUCUGGCUUCAUACCCAUAAAUAAAUUGGAAAUCACCUACAGUCGCAGUUCAGGACCUGGGGGCCAACAUGUGAAUACCGUCAACACCAAAGUAGAUGUUCGCUUUAAAUUAAGCGAAGCAGAUUGGAUACCGGAGAAAACUAGAGCAAAAUUAUUGGCUUCUUUGGAAAAUAAAAUCACCAAAGAAGGUUACUAUGUUAUCAAAAGUGAUUUAACUCGUUCCCAACAAAUGAAUUUAGCAGAUGCUUUAGAAAAAUUGAGAAAUAUCAUAAGGGACCAUGAGUACGAGGCUGCUCCUACUUCCGAAGAAACUCUAGAGAAAAUAAGAAAAAGACAAGAAAAAGCAGCCCGAGAACGUUUAUUUGUUAAACGUCAACGUUCACAAGUCAAAGCUGAUCGUCAAGGACCCUCAGGAGUUGAUUUUUAAUACCUACCUUUUAUAGUCAAGUAAACUACAAAUUAUACAUAUGUGUUAACGUUAAAAACAACAAAUAACCAGUUAAUUAAAACUAUCAAAAAACAAUUAUUACGAAAA